CGACGCAGAAGCAAAAUCGAGAGGACGAGGCAAAAUCGAGAGGUUUCCCAAUCCCGCCCCCUCUCCGCUCCAAUCCGCGAUCCCCAUCAACGUUUAGGGUUCCCCUUUACCCGAUUUUAGCUUCGGUGGGUCGAUUUUUCCGAGUUUGGGGAUCGAAUCGAUCGGGUGGAGCUCCUUUUUCUGGGCCUGGAGAGAGAUUCCCAGCCAAUUGCGGAAGAGAUACCUGGGAAUGCAGAAAAAUGUGCUUGCAUAGCAAAAGGUUCUUUGCCGAGGUACGCGAGAUUAUAACUCCAUUUGAACUAAAAUCGUUCACUGUUGAUGAUCGGAACCAACAUAGCCCUAUCAGCUCCUUUCUCCCUGUACUAAAGUGUGAUGAAGUUACAAUAAGUAUUGGCCAUGUCGUAUUAAAUCACGGCCUCGGUGACGACGGUUGAAACUUUGUUCAUGAGAUAAUUUAAAAAAAUAAGAAGAAGAAGAAGAAGAAAAAGAUCCUGCUUUUGUAUAUACUUUACAUAAGAACAGCACGGCCGCGUGCAUUCUGGCUUGUGUGCGAAUAAAAUAAGAAAGAAUGAGCACUUCUAGGACUAUUCUGAUGCAAAAAUAUGAGCUCGGGAGAUUAUUAGGGCAAGGAACCUUUGCAAAGGUAUACUAUGCAAGGAAUCUUAAAUCGGGGCAGACCGUUGCUAUAAAGAUGAUCGAUAAGGAGAAGGUUUUCAGGGUUGGGCUCAUGGAGCAGAUCAAGCGAGAGAUCUCCGUAAUGAGAUUAGUGAGGCACCCAAAUAUUGUUCAGCUUUACGAGGUUAUGGCGAGCAAGAGCAAGAUUUACUUUGUCAUGGAGUAUGUUAAGGGCGGUGAGCUUUUUAACAAAAUUGCAAAAGGGAGGCUCAAGGAGGAUGCCGCGAGAAAAUAUUUCCGUCAGUUAAUUAGUGCUGUCGAUUAUUGCCACAGCAGAGGGGUUUACCACCGAGACUUGAAGCCCGAAAACUUACUUUUGGACGAAAAUGAGAAUUUGAAGGUCUCUGAUUUUGGCUUAAGUGCGUUAGCGGAGUCAAAGAGGAAAGAUGGCUUACUCCAUACUACUUGCGGGACCCCGGCUUAUGUUGCUCCGGAAGUGAUUAGUAUGAGAGGUUAUGAUGGCGCAAGAGCUGAUAUUUGGUCUUGUGGCGUGAUUUUGUUCGUGCUAGUUGCCGGUUAUCUUCCUUUCCACGAUUCAAAUCUCAUGGAGAUGUACAGAAAGAUUGGCAAAGCUGAAUUUAAAUGCCCUAGUUGGUUCUCUCCUGAGUUAAAAAAGCUUCUAUUUAAGAUCCUGGAUCCGAACCCUGUUACCCGGAUUUCUAUAUCAAAGAUAAAGGAGAGCCCUUGGUUCAGAAAGGUGCCUGAUGACAAGCAAUCCAAAAAUGAGGCGGAUAAAAAAGAUAAUGUCGGUGCUGAUGAUGCUUCAGCUUCUACUUCCCAAAGCAGCAAUAUGGCUGCUGCUGAGGAAAAGGAAGAGUCGAUGAGCAUCUCAAAUUUGAACGCUUUCGAUAUAAUAUCGCUCUCAACGGGAUUCGAUCUUUCGGGCCUAUUCGAGGAAAGGAGUGGUAGAAAGGAAGCACGAUUCACUACCAGGCAGCCCGCGCCGAACAUUAUCUCGAAGCUGGAGGAAAUGGCUAAGAGCUUGAAGCUGAAUGUGAAGAAGAAAACCAACGGGAUUUUCAAGGUAGAGGGACCGAAGGAAGGGAGGAAGGGCAUCGUGGAGCUGGAUCUAGAGAUAUACGAGAUCGCCCCUUUGUUUCACUUGGUGGAAAUGAAAAAGACUAGCGGGGAUACGCUGGAGUAUCAGAAGCUGCUGAAAGAGGAGAUAAGGCCGGCUCUCAAAGAUAUUGUUUGGGCCUGGCAAGACGACGAGCAGCAGAGUCAGGAGCCGCCACCGCAGCAGCAGCAGCAGCAGUCGUGAAUGUAUUGAUAAAGAUUUAUAAUUUGACUCGGAAUUCACCGGCUUUUUCUUGUUCAAGUAAUCUACACAUGUAAUUGACUUACCUGUAUUUUGCAGAUAAUACAUACUUCUUUUUUUUUUUUCCUUCUAUUUUUCUUCUUUUUCCUCUUCUCGCGCGCAUCAUUGAUGUACUGCACUCACUCCUGCGUGGAGAAUACCAUUGUGUGUUGUUUCCUGGUUUGUGUACUUGAUCUUCAAUUUGAGUUUAAAUGCCUCUUUCUGCUU